AUGGAUACUAAAAACCAUUCGAGUGAUAGGGCUAGGGCGUACCCCACAGGCGACGCGCAGGGGCAGCACCCGGCUCCUGUGGGAAAUGGACAAGGGUUGUCGCACCGGAACGGGCGGGUGCGACGUAAGAAGCGAGCUCGAAGUGUGAGAGAGUUAAAAUUGAGGUGUGCAAGUUGGAAUGUAGGAACGAUGUCUGGAAGAGGAAGAGAGCUAGCAGAUGUUUUAAAAAGGCGACGGAUAAAUGCAGCGUGCCUGCAAGAGACAAAGUGGAAGGGUGCAAGGGCUAGGGAAAUCGGAGAAGGAUAUAAAUUAUUUUAUUGUGGAAGUGAUGGCAAGAGAAAUGGUGUGGGUAUAGUUUUAGAUAGUAGGUUAAAAGAAUGUGUGGUGGAUAUAAAAAGAGUGAAUGAUAGACUGAUAGCGAUUAAACUGAUUGUGGACGGCAUGACACUGAAUCUAGUAAGUGUGUAUGCGCCGCAGUCAGGCUGUGAGGAGAGCGUGAAAGAAAAGUUUUGGGAGGACUUUGAUUGCCUGCUGAUGAAUAUACAGGAUAGCGAGGAAGUCUACGUGGGUGGUGAUUUUAAUGGCCAUGUAGGAAGAGAGAAUGAUGGAUAUGAGAGAGUGCAUGGUGGGUGGGGAUUGGGAAACCGGAACGCUGACGGUGAGACACUUUUACAAGCUGCCUGUGCCUUCGACCUGGCUAUAACAAACACGUGGUUUAAUAAAAAAGAGGAACACCUAAUAACCUACAAGAGUGGCCACCACGCGACACAGAUAGACUACUUCCUAGUGAGGCGGAGGAGUCUAUGCUGUGUCAAAAACUGUAAAGUGCUGCCAGGCGAAGCAUUAGUCGCCCAACAUAGGCUUGUGGUGAUGGAUGUUAAAUUAAGUGUCUCCCCCAGAAACAGCCAAAUACGGCCCCCUCCAAAGACAAGAUGGCGUAUGUUAGAGAAUGAUGAAUGUGCUAGUAGAUUUAGGAACCAUAUAGUGGAGAAAAUUAUAGAAAUGAAUGAGAUGGAAGAGAAAUUGGUAGAUGAUUGUUGGAAUGAGAUGGCCAGGCAUAUAAGGAAGGUCGCAAAGGAUGUGUUUGGAGAGUCGAAAGGAAAAGGUCUGAUAGAUAGGGAUACAUGGUGGUGGAAUUUGGAAGUGCAAAAUGUACUGAGAGAGAAGAAAGUGGCAUUUAAAGAAUGGCAGGUUGUAAAAAAUGUGAAUACAAGUUUAAAAGAUGAAAAAAAGGAAGUUUACAAGGAAUUUAAGAGGAGAGCAAAGAAGGCGGUAGCAGUGGCCAGAGCUAAGGCACAAGAAAAGUUGUACAACUCACUGGACAGCCCUAGAGAGUAUUUGUUUGCUAAGAAAGUUAUUGAUCAAAGGUAUACAGUUGGGGAAGGUCAAAAGUGA